AUGUCAACAAAAGCUAAUCAACAACAACGUCAACGUACAAAAGAAAAUUUUUUACGACAAUUUCGUGAUGAACAAAGUAAAGAAUUAAAACGAUUAACUGCAGCACAGUUUAUGGAAAUUUGGAGUCAUUAUGAUACGGAUGGUAAUGGUUAUAUUGAAGGUCAUGAAUUAGAUGAUUUACUUCGAGAACUUGCAUCAUCAGUUAAUGUAAAUGAUGCAGGACCAGAAUUAAUACCUGAUAGUGUAUUAAAAGAAUUAAAAGAAUCAUUUUUAGAAGCUUAUGAUGAAAAUGAAGAUGGUAAAAUUGAAAUUGGAGAAUUAGCUGAGAUAUUACCAACAGAUGAAAAUUUUCUUCUUCUUUUUCGUAAAGAUAAUCCACUUGAAUCAAGUGUAGAAUUUAUGAAAGUAUGGAAACAAUUUGACACUGAUUGUUCUGGUUUUAUUGAGGCAGAUGAAUUAAAACAAUUUAUUAAAGCACUUUUAACUAAACGUCGAGGAACAAAUUUAACUGAAGAGAAAUUAAUUGAAUAUACGGAUACAAUAUUACAUAUAUUUGAUACAAAUGGUGACGGAAAAUUACAGUUUAGUGAAAUGACGAAACUUCUACCAGUAAAAGAAAAUUUUCUUUUACGUCCAAUAUUUAAAGGUUGUUCAUCUAUAACAUCACAAGAUCUUGAUCGAGUAUUUCAACUUUAUGAUAAGGAUGGAAAUGAAUUAAUUGAAGAAGAAGAAUUGGAUGGUUUCGUUAAAGAUCUUAUGGAUCUUAUUAGAAAGGAUUAUGAUAAUGAAGAUUUACAACAAUUUAAACAAUCAUUACUAAAUGGAUGUGAUUAUAAUCGAGACAAAAAGAUUAGUAAAGCUGAACUUAAAAUGGUUCUAUUGGCUUUAGCUCAACCGCCUGAUUCUUAA